UCUCACCCAGUGUACUCACAUGUCUAGGAAAUAGUGGGCUUUAUUCAUUAGAGAGAUCUUCACACGCCGGUCUUGGAACACCUCUGGCUUUAUGUGCAUUUUAGGAAUUGCCCAAAUUUAUCCUAAAUCAGGACUUCUGCACAAGGAGAUAGAUUUCUUUUCACUGGGAUUGGGAUUCUUCAGAGGAUUAAAACAAAUUGGAUUCUCUUCCACAGAUUCAUAAUGUGUACCGGGACAUGUGCAAAGUGCACAGGAGCUCUCUUGCUCCCUUUGGGGCUGUGUGCCAUUAUCGCGAACAUCCUGCUGUUUUUCCCAAAUGGGGAGGUUUUGGACACGGAACAAAUUACUGGCUAUGUGUGGUUUUUUCACGGGAUUAUAGGAGGAGGUAUUCUGGUGUUCCUGCCAGCUUUGGUAAUGAAGUCAGCUGGGGGUGAGGGCUGCUGUGCCAACCGGUGUGGGAUGAUGGUUACCAUGGUGAUGUCAGUCCUGGGUGCUGGCGGAGCAUUAUUCUCUAUGGUCAUCUCAGCAUUGGGCCUGCGGGAUGGCCCCCUCUGCGAAACAAGCAACGGAAAUUUUGAGUACCCGUUUCUUAACCAGACCCAGACAGAGAGCUACUUGUUCAAUCAGACCAUGUGGUCAGAGUGCCUAUGGCCUGAGAAUGUGGUCCUGUGGAACAUCACCCUCUUCUCUAUUCUCCUGGCCCUAGGGACCGCAGAAGCUCUGCUCUGCCUCUUCCAGGUCAUCAACAGUCUGUUCGGGUGCCUAUGUGGCACUUGUAUGAGGAAAAGACAGACAGGGGUGGCCUGAAAAAAGGAGGAAGAUAAUCCACAGUGCCCUAUUCCCCCUUCUCUUACCUCUUACAAAGGUUUUCACUCAUGUUCUAUACUGCUUACAGAAAGUAUUGCAGUGGCUAUCAAAAAACAGAAUAUAAACUUACAAUGUAAAAUGGAGACAGGUGGUUUGGCAUUUUAUUGUAACUGUGAGAUUGUCAUGAUUUUUUGUAUUUAUCAAACUUGCAUACAGGCAUCAAGGACAAAUAAUAAAAUAAUUUGGUUCUGUACACAAAUUCCUUUCCCUUUGUUUGUUUUUUUAAAACAAAUAAAGCAAUCAUAGUUAA